AUGUGGAUGUUCAAAUGCCAAUUCGAUAAUCCCAAUAAUCCAUCUGAGUUUCACUGUAUAUCAUGCCUCUUUCUUAAUAACAAGGAAUAUAUUAUAGGUAGAGCAAGUAAGAGUGCCAUUGUAGUAGAGGAAAAGGGCGUUUCUAGGGUACAUUUAGGAAUAACUGCUAAAAGUGAGCUUAUAGAGGUUCAGUUAUUAGGUUCGCAGAUGAGGCUUAACAAUAAAGCUAUAACGAAGGGUGAGAUGUUGAAGUUUUCAAGAGUUGCAAGUCCUGUAAGACUGGAUAUUGGUUCCCAUAAUGUCCCAUGUACCUUGGAAUGGUUAAAAUGGGAGAUAAAAAUACCCAGUACUCUAAAACUGGAUGAAUUCCCGGCAAGAAAAGAAUUGAAUGAUUUGGAUAUUACCUUUGUCCCGUCGUUAUCUAAAGAUACUACUCAUCAGGUUGUUGAGCGACAUCAAGACGACAGGGAAUAUGAUAAAUAUCUGUUCUCGCUGGUUAAAGGUAUACCAUUAGUUGAACCAGGGUUUUUAAAAGGUCUUAUGUCAAGUUUACAGUCAAAUUGCAAUGAUUUCGAGCAGACUGUGAAUCAAUUGCUGAAGCAAUUUAGCAUAUUUCCCAACUUUAAACCGCAAUCCCGUCCCCUGUAUGGCUUGCAUAUUAUCUUAACAAAAAAGGAUGAGUAUGAUAUGUUGAAAUAUACUCUAGAGUUAGGAGGUGCAACUACCCAUUUAGUGUUAGACAUACAAACCUUAGGGCAUUUUGUUUCUCUUCUGGAUACGGGAAAAGUGAUGAUCCUAACGUAUGGUACUGCGAGCAGUGCCAGCAGAAAGGAAACCUUGAAAAGGCUUGAAAAGAUCACCAAUUCUGUGGGAUUACAAUUAACAACUGUCAAGGAUUUAGUAAAGGCGAUUGUGAAUGAAAAUAUUCACGACAUUCUGCAGCUUCGAUCUUCUGAACACAACAGUACAGAGACGUCAAAACCAGGUGCUACCAACCUAUCAGAUAGUUCCUCUAAUAAAAGGCCUAUUAAGGAGGAUCCUCAUAAAUUGACGCCAGAUAGUCAGCCUGUGAUAAAAAGAAGAAGAACCAAGCGUGUUCAGCCGCUGGAUAGUCUGUCCUUUUUUGCUGGAGGAGUAUCAAACGCUGACGUCAAAACAGAGGGGGAUACUCAGCUAGGUGCAGAGCAGACAACCGCUCACAAUGACCAAUUAGAUACCAAAAAGGCUACCGAAUCUGUGAAAGAAGAGACCCCUAAAGGCCGGGAGACAAGAUCUCGUGCAUCAAGGGUCAAACCCUUGCCAAAUAUGAUGCUUAGAGCCACAGACAAUGAUACGCAUACAAUCGACUCCGAAACCACAGCCAACAGUUCUAUAGGUCAAACAUCACAUCAAGACAUAGACAGUGAGGAUAAUAUAACCUUUAAGCACGAAUUGAACCCCGAGGCCGUGGUAGAACAGACACGACCCUCCAAAAGGCCGCCCAAGAGCCAGGACGACGAAUAUAGCGCCAAACGUAGUAAAACUCCGUCCUCUCCACAAACAGCAAUUGUAGAUGCAAUUAAAGAAAUAAAAGAGACUGAGGUUAAUCAAAUAAGGUCACAGAUUAUAGAGGUUGCUCCGGAUGAGCUAACCGAAGAAGCAAUUACACAACUACAAUGCUUGGCUAUUACAAAGACGAUGCCCAUGAUUUCUAGGCGCUCCAGUAAUAUUGUACCUGCAAACCCAGAAUACGGUAAUCGCAAGAACUUUAAAAAGUUCAUAAAAGUUUGGCCAAAGUACAUGAAAGCUGCAGCAGGCCUGGGAAAGAAGACCCGCAAGACUACUACCACUUCCAAACAUUUUAUUCCAUUAGAACCUUACACAACCGACAACUUUAGAGCACAAGAGUUUUCAACUUCUGAAUGCAUGCCAAGCCACACCUCAUCCGCUGUCAGCGUACAUGAAACCGCGCAGCCUUCAACUUCAACUGAAGAACAGCCCGCUCUUUUUGUCAUCGAUGGCGAAGAUAGCGAUUAUGAGCAAACAAAUGCCCAACCGGGCGCAGCCCAUAAGUCCAUGCCAACUUCAAACGAAGUAGAUCAAAUCAACGACGAUGAAGAGGACGAUGACGGGCCCAAGUUCGCUUUCCGCAGAUCAAGAAGAAACAAAUGA